AAAAAUUCAAAGUCUGCUUGUUUCUAACAAAAGUCACUAAAUUUGUCAAAUGUGCAUCAUUCGAGUUAAAAUUUAAAGUUAAAUAUCUUGGGAACAAAAUUUUAGUAAAAAGGAGUCAAGAUGGUUAUGGGUCAGUUUUUAACCACCUAUAGGAAAGACUUUCUGUGGCCAUACGUAACAACACUAGGUUUCAAACCAGAAUCAGAACAUUCUUCACACUCGCACAAGUUAAACGAGUGUCGAUGCCAUGCAUUGAAUGAUGUAAGACCGACCAGCAUGCAAAUUAUUGGCCCAGGUGCUCACAAGGAUGACCAAUGGAGUAGAUUGGGACCAAUGGGUCCACUUCUGGAACCGAAGAUGUUUGGUGCAAAAACUGGUUCAGCUCCAGAAACGGAAAUCAGCAAAUAUAAUCAGCCUAAUGUGUUCAUGAGAAAAUUGAAAGAAAAGUAUCCGUUUAUUUACGAGUGCUUAAAAAACGCUCCUCCUGAUGAUCUCAUCAGUCGAAUUAACAAAGAAAGACUUUCAACCACGUAUCAAGUGGACUACUGCAAAAAACGAGAGUACCCAACUGGACCAUACGAUGAACUUCUCGCAGCAGCUGGCGUAGAAGGUCUUCCACCAUGUCCUGAACCGGUGAAGAUUCCUGGGGACAUAUGCAAGCCCAGAGGAAAAGUGAGUGCCAAGAAGGACAGCUCGUUCACGACGAAUUUGAAGUUUGAAAACAAGAAGUCGAAGGAACCUCCGCUUGGUAGUUGCAAAGGAGGUGUCUUCUCCGUAACACCGAAAAAUACAGAGUACCAAGAUACCCAUUCUAGACUUGGUAAUUUAAUUAUAAGAGAUGGCAUCCACGACCCGUCCCGUAGAAAGGCAUUCGGCAGUGCAUCUUAAGGAGUACACCUAAGAAGAAAAAAAUUGUAUAAAAAAAGUAUGUAACUAAGUUUCUAUUCACACUGGCAUAGAGAAGAGUUUUAAUCAAAUUACUUGAAGCUUCGUUUCAGUGUAUAUUCCAUUCUAUUUGGUUUCGAUAAAUAUUUCCAGUGAUUUUUUCACAUCUAUUGAGUUAAUAACCGUGAAUUUUAUUAGUAAACAAUCUUACAAUCAACAAAAUUGUUUUAACUUGCUUUAGAAAAGACUCGUCUAGAUAACGCAAUUGUCAUUUUUAAGGUUAUAAAGUGAGGUUGUUUUUAAUAAUUAAAUUCGUGGCAUCUUCUCGAAAAAUGUGAAUUUUGAGUUGUCACUUUUGAAGCAAGCAAGCGCAAAUGUUUCUAAAGUAUUGUUUCUGGAUUGCUCGAUAUUAAAUUUGUAUAACAUGUAAUUAUUAAAUAUUAAUUUAAUUAUCUUAUUUUUUAUAGGGAUGUUACCUGUUCUACUUUGCUAUAGUUUUGAUUAACAAAAAAAGUUUUAAUAUUAUUACUUUAUCACAUAUUUUAUAUUAGAUUUAUAUUGAUGGGUACCAACUCUUUUACUGCCAGUGUGAAAGUAGCUUAGCGUUACUAAUUUAUUUUUGUUGUAAUGUCUACUACUUUCUAAAAGUAAUUGUAUGUCUUUCAACUAAUCCAAUUUGUUUUGCGACAUUUUAUUUUAAAUAACGCAAACUUUGCAAAAUAAAUUGGAUAAAUCUAUAUUGU